AUGGCGUUAUUCAUCUGGUUCUGCGCAGCCGCCUUUUUCCUUCAGUCCCGUGUCCUUCCGGCGGCGGCCGAUAAACUCUACAUCGUACACAUGGAUACCAACCUCAUGCCCGACGCCUACAACACCCAAAGCGAUUGGUACGCCGACCACUUACAAACCCUUACCGCCGCUGAAUCAGGAAAGAUCAUGUACACCUACGAGGCCGCGUACCCAGGCUAUGCCGCCGCCCUCUCGCCGGAGGAGGCCGAUGCCCUGCGCCAGUCGGACGCUGUCCUCGGGGUGUACGAGGACACGGUGUACAACCUCCACACCACGCGCACGCCAGAGUUUCUGGGGCUGAACGGGGAGCAGGCCGGCCACACCCUGCAACAGCUGAAUCAGGCCUCGUACGAUGUGAUCAUCGGAGUCCUGGACACCGGCGUCUGGCCGGAGUCGAAGUCGUUCAGCGACACCGGCAUGCCGGAUGUGCCGGCCCGGUGGCGCGGGAUGUGCCAGGUCGCCUCCGACUUCGAAUCGAAAAACUGCAACAAGAAGCUAAUUGGCGCUAAAUCCUUCAGCGAGGGAUAUAGAGGGGCGGUGGGUAAAACUAACGAGUCAAUGUCCGCCCGCGACUAUAACGGUCACGGCACGCACACGGCAAGCACCGCCGCUGGCACCGUGGUUUCCCACGCCAGCUUCUUUGGUUAUGCUAGCGGCAACGCUCGUGGAAUGGCUACCCAAGCCAGGAUCGCGGCCUACAAAGUCUGCUGGAAUGAGGGUUGUAUGGGAUCAGACAUACUCGCCGGCAUUGACAGUGCGAUUCAAGACGGAGUUGACGUCCUCUCCAUGUCCCUCGGUGGUCCACUUGUGCCGUACUACCAGGAUACCACUGCCAUCGGAACUUUUGCGGCCAUGGAAAAAGGGAUCUUCGUCUCGUGCUCGGCUGGAAACGCUGGGCCCACUCCGGGGUCGCUCUCGAACGUUGUGCCGUGGAUUAUGACUGUCGGCGCCAGCACAAUCGAUAGGAGUUUCCCAGCUUACAUCGCUCUAGGCAACAACAAGAACUUCACCGGCGUGUCAUUGUACAGUGGGGAAGGCAUGGGGAAAGAUUUGGUAGAGUUAGUCUACAACACAAGCAGCAACGGGCCGAGCAAUCUGUGCCAGCCGGGGUCCCUUAACGCCACCCAAGUGAAGGGCAAGGUGGUGGUUUGUGACAGAGGGGGCAAACAUCUUGGACGGGCGCAGAAAGGGGCGGUGGUGAAAGCAGCCGGAGGCGUGGGGAUGAUACUGGCCAACACAGAAGAAAGCGGUGGGGAGGAGCUUCUAGCCGACAGCCACGUUCUUCCGGCCGUGGCAGUGGGGCAGGUGUCAGGGGAUGCGAUAAAAAAGUACGUGAAGACGGACAAGAAGCCAAUGGCGGUGCUGAGCUUAUUCGGGGAAACGGUGGUGAAGGUGAAGCCGGCGCCAAUGGUGGCGGCAUUCAGCUCGAGGGGCCCGAACGUGGUGACACCAGAGAUCCUAAAGCCGGACGUGAUAGGGCCCGGUGUUGACAUCCUGGCGGCGUGGUCGGGGGCUACGAGUCCCACGGAGCUGCCAGAGGACACCAGGAGAAGCUUGUUCAACAUCAUAUCAGGUACGUCCAUGUCGUGCCCGCACAUAAGUGGGCUGGCAGCCCUUGUGAAGGCGGCCCACCCUGACUGGAGCCCGAGCGCGAUCAAGUCGGCCCUCAUGACCACAGCCUAUACACUCGACAACAACAACUCCCCCAUCAGUGAUGCCAACGACAAGUCCUACGCGACCCCACACGCCAUGGGCGCGGGCCACGUGGACCCGAUCAAAGCCCUCUCCCCGGGCCUCGUGUACAACACCACCCCGAACGACUACCUCGCCUUCCUAUGCUCCCUCGGCUACAACCGGAUGCAGAUCCAGGCCAUCACCAGGAACAACAAUGAAACGUGCACCGAGCUCAAGUCCAAGUUCAACAAUCCGGCCGAGCUCAACUACCCCUCUUUCUCCGUGCUGUUCAACAACCCGAACGUGAGUCUGACUAGGAAGUUGACCAGCGUGGAGCCCGGUUUGUCGGUUUACAAUGUCUCGGUCAAGGCGCCCCCGAAUGUGAAAGUGACAGUGAACCCAACGAGUCUUGUUUUCAAGGGCGUUGGGGACAGUUUGAGUUAUACGGUUACGUUCCUAUCGGAAAGUGUUUCGGAUGAGGAUGCCUUUGGCUCGAUUUCGUGGAACAAUGAGAAGCACAUGGUGACGAGCCCGGUUGCAUACUCAUGGGCCGGGCAUUGA